AUGGCGAGCGAGUUCCAGUCCGCCAUGACCGUCCGGUCGCUCCGCAUCCUCAAGAAUCUCGAAUUCCUGGCAGACUCCUCUGUGAUUCAGCCCGCCCAGCUCAAUGCGAUCCUUGCCCAGCUACCCACCGAGACCGACGCUCGCGCGGCGGCCGCCCGCCAGACUCAGGUCGCUCCGUCUCCAUUAGCGGUUCAGCCUGUACCCACGCAGCCUUCUCCAGCCCCGUACGCGGCACCAGUGCCCCAGCCAUCUAGUCUACCCAUGCGCGAGAAGGCACCCGCGUAUGACCAGUAUCCGACUCCGCCUCCAUCGCAGGCGCCACCCGCAUACCCUCAGGCGCCAGCGUCCCUGGGAUUCGCAUCUGCCAUGUGGGCAUAUACCCCAACCGAUACAGGCGAUCUUGCGCUGGCGCAGAAUGAUCGCAUCAUGGUUUUGGAACACAUGAACGACGACUGGUGGCGUGGUCGCAACGAGCGUACAGGCAAGGAAGGUAUCUUCCCCAAGAGCUACGUCAAGCCGAUCGAUGAGAAGGCUGGUAUCUACUCACCACCACCGCCCACGAACUACGGCAACAUGCCGCUCGCUGUCGCCCAGAGCGGCUCGAAUGCCGAGCCCAGCAAUCCAGAACAGAAGAGCAAGUUUGAGGAAAACGGCAAGAAGUUUGGUAAGAAGUUGGGUAACGCCGCACGGGGUGCGUUAUGGAUCGAUUGUGAGGACUUUCGUGGCGCUCCAUUGAUCGCUCUUUUCGGCGAACGAUUGACCAAGCAGUUCCUGUCCGAGUCUAUCAAUCUGCUUGACAACCUCAUCUUUGCGUUGUCUCCUCUGGGUGUGAUCACAGCCGUGGUCUCCGUCAUCCGAGUAUGCGGCGGAUCCUCUCUUCGAGCCUUUAUCGGCAGAGCUCAAGAAGGUCCCGCCGAAGCCGAAGCUGAGCUCUUGCCGUGCGUUUCAGAGUCUACUGCAGAACUUUUCAAUGAAGGUGGUAUAUCACGGGUCUUUGGAAGGCCCAAGAUUGUGGAGAUCAUCAUGUGGGAGGACAAAGAUGCCCAGGAUGACGCGGACCGUAUAAAGAUCGGUACACUUCGCGAGGCACUGAAGGACGGUGCUUGGUCCGCGAAAGACUCAAAGCUCUCGCGUGAGGAUCUGGACGAGCUUUCCCAUCUGCCUGAAUUGGAUAUUCCGAACUUGUCGUUGAACAAGGGUAUCAGAAGUCGUGGGAAGUUCUGGUUCUACAGUGUCGCGGUGCUCGGAGUCAUGUUGCAGGUUGGCUCUAUAUGUUAUGCCGCAAUCACCGUGUUUCUCUUUCCUUUGUCUUUCGAAAAAAGUGGGAGCCCCGUCUCCAGCUACGCGUUCCCCCUCUAUAUGAUUGGAUCUGUGCUGCUUUUCAUGGGAAUGUUGGCCUCUGCGAUCAUCAUCCAACGCUCAUCAGAGCAAAUCUAUUUCAAGUCGAACAAACCCAGCAAGAUAUUCUGGCUUCAGCCGGGCAAACAGAACGUUGGUGAUCAGGUGUUCAACGAGUUCAUGGCGGUCAAGGAAGGACCGAAAGGGACUAUGGCCAAGAAAAUGGAAUACAUCAAAUCCGUUCGCGUCCGAGAAUCCGACACGCGACACCUGGAGACCUAUAUCACGGUUCUUUCGACCAUGUUGGGCUUUGUCUUCCAGUUUGUUGGGUUGAGAGGGCUGCAUGCGUCAGUCAUUCUGGCACAGAUGGGCUCAAUAUUCGUCAUGUCUCUUCUUCGAAGUUGUCUCCGAACAGAGCGCGUGCCACUCAACGAGAACAAAAUCCGUGAUGAUCGAGAAUGUAUCUCAUACAAACACCAGGAGCUUGAUUGCUUCGCCUUUCGCCUACACGGCUUCGAGUCUCUUGAGAUUUCGACCGCGGGUUCCUUCACGCCGUCGUCUGUAGAUGAGCGCGGUAUAGCUUCUUUGCAGCAGAUCAUUCGAUCCAGAACUCGUCUCGCCCAGGUGACUUCAUUGCAGAACCACGGCCUCGUUGUUGGCUGGGAUAAGAUGCCGAUUCGAGAUGCUGCUCAGAGCCUUGCCAAAGCGAUUGAAUCCACCAUGGACCUGUUUUCCGCCUGGGGCUUCAAGUUCGACAAACCCUGGGAGUUCAGUAUACCAUUAAAGUACCAACGGUCAUCAAUCCCUAGUCUCUCUCAGAACUUUGGGUUCCACCACUUCGAGCUGGCUCGCUAUGGCGAUGCACAACGAUGGAGUAUAAAUGUCGAUGAAUUGGAGGCAGUUCUCGGACUCUCCGUUUGGUCCUUGUACAAGUCCGAGGACGAGGACUUACAACAUCCUCUUUAUCGCUUGCUUGGACUUACCGCGGACCAAGCGAGUCAAAAGGAAACAUUUCGCUUGUUUCACAAGUGGAUUUUUCGACAAACAGAAGCCCGACUGGUCUCCGCUAAGGCGGUAGAUUCAACACGGCGGUUGUUUGGCUGGCACAAUUUGGCCUCGGAUGCCUUGGGGGAGGACAUACUCGUAGUCCAGACCAAGAGCGAUGUCGAGAAGAUGGUUGCCCAAGACAUCUUUAUACACUUCCUCCUGUCGGCACUCACUAAGGUCGACAAGCUGGGCGGAGAAACGAGUCUUACCGAAUAUGACGGAUCAUAUGGUUCUGUGACGGUCCAGAACACUCGGGUUGAUGACAUGGUACGUUGCUUCGAGGGCCACAAGCUAGGCUCACGGGAAGAUGCACUCCUCUGCGUGGUCCUUGUUCUUGAGAAGCGAGCGCUUCUUCCAGAAUUUGCCGCGGAUUCGCUCAACGUCAGAGGGCAGGUUGAAAAAUUCAUCGGACGCAAUGACUGGGAGAGUGCCUUUGAUCGAAUUCGAUGGCUAUGCCAAAGAAGUGAUGGACUUGACUUGGAGAUGUCUGCGUACGAAUUAGGCAACCUUUGCCGUCGAGCGCUUCUUGACCAGUCCAAGUCGGCUCAAGAGAAAGGCCUGCAGAAUAUAUGUCGGAUUCUUGACUCGAACACCGAGACCGAUUUCUUGAAUGCGCGAAAAUUGACUCCUCCAACGAGAUGGGCAGUUUCUCCAGCCUCAAGAGCUUGGUGGACCAAACUCGGGCGCCAAAUUGGAUGGGUCGCCUGGCAGGUGUCAAUUCAUACCAAAGGCAUGCAAUGGAUACAGCCAGCUUUGCAGAGCAGGCGAACAGCUGACGACUUGAUGUUGGCCUUUGAAUCGGUCAUGAACACGACACCAACGUCGCACGCUCCUGAUACAAUCUUUCGAGACUGGUUGAUAAUGGACCCUGACGAGUUCAUACACCAGCAUUCCAGUGAUGAAGAUGUCUUGGCCUUCAAAUACGCUGUCAUGAAAGGUUACUACGGCGUGAUCUUCUCGACUCUGUUGAGAUUGAUGGAGCUCGACUUAGCUUACCCUGGCUUUAUUCGACAUGCAUUCAUAGUUGCCGCACGAAGCCAGUGCGACUGGGCUAUUCAAGUGCUCCUUCGACGAGGUGCCGACAUCAACGCGCUGAACGACCGAAAGAUCUCAGCGUUAACAGAGUCCAUCAUUCUUGAAGACUUGGAUGCGAUUCGGAUGCUUUUGAACCACGGAGCUGAUUGUAAUGGUGACCGGACUCCCGAUGUUCGACCACUACUUCUCGCCGCACAGCAAGGUUCAAUAAAGGUGGUUCAGCUGUUAGUCUUCGACUACAAGGCCAAUCUUGAAAGUGAGGACAGUGUAGGAAUGACGGCGCUGCAUCGGGCGACCCAAAAAAAUCAUGUUGACACAGUCCGAAUCCUACUGUCGGAGGGGGCUGAAAUAAAUCAUAUGACCCACGAUGGCAUCACGCCUCUCCUUUCAGCUGUGAUGAAUAAUCAGCUUCACAUGGCGGAAGUGCUUCUCCAGAGCGGUGCGAAUAUAAACGCUCGCGGGGGAGGCUUUGGUCAGACAGCGCUCGCUAUCGCGGUGACAUAUAGGGAUCGUGACACUUUUGAUCUUUUAAUGUCCAAGGGGGCUGACCCUUGGAUGCGUGAUGACUUUGGACGUACGGCGCUGGAUCUAGCGAGAGAUUCUGGCCGCGAUGAUAUUGUGGCCACUUUAUGCAAUCUCUCUAGUCCCACGCAAAGUAUAUAUUCAGCCGUGGAUGGUUCACCUCGACGUCUAUGA